AAUUUUGAUUAAUAUUAGUGAAUAGUUUUCAAACAAACAUAACCUCAGAAAUACAAACAAAAAAUGGAACUUAUAGUAGCGAAUGUUGAUCAUAUUAAAUUUGAUAUUGAAGUUGCAUUAGACGAACAAUAUGGAGCUCUACCUCUUCCAUUCCCUGGAAUGGAUAAAUCAACAGCGGCUGUUUGUGACUUUUAUACAUCAGCAGCCGGUUGUCAGAAAGGACAAUCGUGUCCUUUUCGGCAUGUUCGAGGCGAUCGUACAAUUGUUUGUAAACAUUGGCUACGUGGAUUGUGUAAAAAAGGCGAUCAAUGUGAAUUUUUACAUGAAUAUGAUAUGACUAAAAUGCCGGAAUGUUAUUUUUAUUCGCGUUUUAAUGCGUGCCACAAUAAAGAAUGUCCAUUUUUACAUAUUGAUCCGGAAAGUAAAAUUAAAGAUUGUCCAUGGUAUGAUCGUGGAUUUUGUCGACAUGGUCCACAUUGCAGACAUCGACAUGUCCGUCGUGUACUUUGCAUGAACUACAUCGCUGGAUUCUGUCCUGACGGUCCACAAUGUAAAUACAUGCAUCCACAAUUUGAUCUACCCGCAGCACCCGAUGCGAACGCAAAAGAUAGUAAAAAACCACAAGUGAUUAUUUGCCACUAUUGUGGAGAAAUCGGUCAUAAAAUCUCGUAUUGCCUAAAAAUGACCCCAGAAGCACGUGAAGCUGCUGUUAAACAAGAAGAAGCUAAAUUAAAAGCAUUAGGCUACAUGAAACCUCCACAAGGACCUCCAUUCGGUAUACCGGGUGCUGCAAAUGGCCAGAAUUCGGAGAAUAAUGAGGAAAUGAACGAACAACAGUUUGAUCAUCCUCAAGAUAAUCCUCGGCAGCAUAAUCAACAUAACCAGCAUAAUCAUCAUCAUAAUAAUCAGUCACAACAGAAUAAUAGCAAUAAUAUGGGUGGUAAUCAUCCACGAAUGCCACCCAAACCGUUGGAAGAAGUCACAUGUUUUAAGUGUGGUAAUAAAGGACAUUACGCGAAUCGUUGUCCGAAAGGACAUUUAGCAUUCUUAUCACAAGCUAAAAGUAAUUCACAGAAUUUAAAUAACAAUAGAUAAAGUGAAAUUUUCUGUGUUUUUCUGUGAAAUUUUUAUCGUUGAAUACAAUUCUAAAAGACGUUGGAGAUCCUUAAAGAAAGUUAUCAAUAAUUCAGCAUUUUCUCAACUAUGAUUUCAAAUAAAUAGUUUAAAUAAAUGUA